AAGGGAAAAAACGUUUAACUUCAUAUCAAAGUAAUCAUAAAUACUGAUAUUCUAACAAUUCAGGACCCCACCGAGAUCAUGUUUUUAGCGGUCUUUCACGAGUUCGCGCACCCGGAAGUCCUCGAGGAAGUCAAAAAACAAGGAAUUUGCGAUGUAGAAAUGCGUCCGGAGCCAAUCCAGACGACGCUCACCCCAGAGGAGCUGCAGAUUCUUCGAACCAAUGCGAAGCUCAUAACAAUCAGUCGUUGCGUCACGGGUCUAUCGUCCCCAAUGGAAUCUCUUACACAGGAGGAACAAAUGGGCCUGAAGGUGACGGUUGAUAAAAAGUUAGAAGCUUUAAUUCGUUUAGGGUUUAAGGUAGAAAUAAGACACCCCAAGACCUCAGCGGGGUACGCGAUGCCGGAUCGGGUAAUUCUUAGUUUCCCCGAGUAAGAGCUUGUUUAUUAAUUAAAUACUCCACGUGUUUACGAAGGUGUACAUUAACUUGAGUUUAUCUAAGUAUUAGAUAUAAGCGGCGAAUCUCAUUUUAUAGGUAAACUAAUACAGGUUUCCUAGAAUUUAUUACACAUAAUGAAAACGACUAAA